UGGGUGGGUAUACCUUUUAGCCGCUAGCACGCACACUGCACACACAUACACACGCAAAUCUGGCUAGGGCCAUUUUUGACGUUUAAAAAGAAUUCUGCUCGUCAAUCGACAGUUUGUUUUAAAUUCGAUUAGCUGGAGUAAAUGGUAGACGGUCUGUGAGGAGAAUUUCGGUGUGUUCAUCAAGUUUUGUGUGCCUGUCUAAACUGAUGGAACUUUGACUUGGGGACUUCACUUUUUCCCAAGGCCGUUGACCACCGAACGACACACCGAAACUGACGAAAAAUGUUCAAAAUAUUCAAAGGAUGUAAUCGCCAGGUCGAAUAUGUGGAUAAGCGUCACUGUUCUUUACCGAGCGUCCCUGAAGAUCUCUGGCGUUAUUCAAGAAGUCUAGAAGAGCUCUUACUUGAUGCCAAUCACAUUAGAGAUUUGCCCAAGAAUUUCUUCCGGCUUGCAAAGUUACGAAAGCUCAGUCUCAGUGACAAUGAAAUCCAGAGGAUUCCACAAGAUAUUCAAAACUUUGAAAACUUAGUGGAGUUAGAUGUCUCUAGAAAUGAUAUAUCUGACAUUCCGGAAACGAUCAAGCAUGUUAAGGCUCUGCAAGUGGCUGAUUUCAGUAGCAAUCCAAUACCCAGAUUACCCGCCGGAUUCGUUCAGUUGAAGAACCUCACCAUCCUUGGACUAAAUGAUAUGUCCCUGAGUUCACUUCCUCUCGAUUUUGGAAGUCUGAGUAAUCUACAAAGCGUGGAGCUGCGAGAGAAUUUGUUGCGAACUUUGCCCGAGUCCAUGUCUCAACUGACCAAACUUGAGAGGCUGGACUUGGGAGAUAAUGACAUUGAAAUUUUGCCGGCACAUAUUGGCAAUAUGCCCUCUUUGACGGAACUUUGGCUCGAUCACAACCAGUUAGCUCAGUUACCCAAAGAGCUGUGCCAGUUGACCAAUCUGGCUUGUUUGGACGUCUCUGAAAAUCACUUAGAGAGCAUGCCGGAAGAGAUCGGUGGCUUGAUUUCUCUUACGGACCUGCAUCUUUCACAGAACUUCCUCGAAUCCCUUCCAGAUGGAAUCGGUGCCCUCUCCAAGCUAACUAUUUUAAAAGUGGACCAGAAUCGGCUGACGACACUGAACUAUGCCAUCGGAAAGUGCGUUGCACUGCAAGAACUUAUCCUUACGGAGAACUUCCUGACGGAAUUGCCAACUUCUAUAGGCAAUCUGACCAAAUUGACUAAUCUAAAUGUUGAUCGUAAUCGGCUUCAUGAAUUGCCGGUUGAAGUGGGCCAUCUGGUCUGCCUAAAUGUUUUGUCGCUGCGUGAGAAUAAACUUCAUUUCUUACCCAACGAACUGGGCGAUUGUGGCGAACUUCACGUUCUCGACGUGUCCGGCAACCGACUUCAAUAUCUGCCCUUUUCGUUGACUAGCUUGAAUCUGAAAGCUAUUUGGCUGUCAGAAAAUCAAGCCCAGCCGAUGCUCACCUUCCAAACGGAUAUCGAUGAACAUACAGGCGAACAAGUGCUCACCUGCUUUUUGCUUCCUCAACUCGAAUACCAAAACGAACAACAAGGAGCCCCUGCGUUGCUAAGACGCUGGGGUGGCAAUGGACCUAUCGGGUGGCGGGCAAACGUUUCUCCUUGGUUUCGUUCGCCUUUAUUCGAUUCUAGUUUCUCCAUAGAUGACUUAACUUUCGUGGCCUCAGUGUCUUCACCCCCAAUGAUGUCGCAGACGGACGCAGACAGUGACACAGCCGAUCCCAACCGGACUUCUUUCGUCAAAUUCGCUGAGGAUUCCGAUGGAGAUGAUGACAAGGAGACACCGUUCGUCCGUCAUAAUACGCCUCAUCCCAAGGACCUUAAAGCCAAAGCUCAGAAACAUUUCAAAGGCAAGAAAAUCGAUGGCAAAGUGGUCCAUCACGAUGAGCAGGAUGGACUUAAAGAAGGAGAAGCUUUCAAACCGGAUCGCACUGCACAAGAAUUGCCUUAUCGGCGUUCAUCUCCUUUGCCGCCUCUCCAAUUGAUCGACUUGCCCGACCGCGAUGUUGAACCCCCUGGUCGUAGUGGACCAGUUUUUCCUGCUGAACAAUACGACGACCACAGACAAACGUCCUCGCCUUCCCCAGUUCCAGAGCCACAUGAAAAAGCUGUUGCCUUUGUUGACCAAUACGAACAUAGAAGCAUUGAAGAGGCUGAUGAAAACGAAGAGGAUUUUGAUGGAGGCGAUGAGCGAGUCCCGCAUGAAAAGUCGAAAUUAUCACGACGUGAUACGCCUCACUACUUGAAAAAUAAACGAAUUCACGAACCGAUGGACAAGGAGAAAGCUAUGGCCUUGAUCACGAACGCUCUCAAGAAACAAGAGAUGACUCAGCAUCAACCACACCAACUGUCGACGUCAUCGAACCAGUCGGAAGAUGAAGAAGAUCGUCUGCCCACCCCUCCUCCGUUACCAGACGACGAGUCUGUUGAUAACGAACAACAAGUGGAACUCUUGGAAAUUCAGUACGAGAUACACAUCGAAAGAACAACUAGUGGUCUGGGACUAAGCAUCGCAGGCGGCAAAGGUUCCACGCCUUACCGCGGUGAUGACGAGGGUAUCUUCAUAUCUAGAGUGACGGAAGGUGGACCAGCCGAGAUGGCUGGGUUAAGAGUUGGUGAUAAACUAGUGGCCGUUAAUGGCAUGUCGUGCAUCGACGUGGAUCACUACGAAGCGGUGGACAUUUUAAAAGCUGCCGGUCCUAGUCUGGUGGUGCAUUUUAUUAGAGAGGUGACCCGACUUGUUCCGCCCGCAGGCGAAGAGGAGGAGCAGCAGCAACAGCACGAACAGCCUGAAUUGCGAGAAUCAGAAAAGCCCGCCUCACCGAUGAUAACAGAGCCCUCUGUGUUGCCACCGAAACCUGCUCCUAGAAUGUCAAUCGGCUCGAGUUCCAGUCUGCAAGGUGUCAGAGAGAUGGAUAAGCCGAUAUCAAAUGGCGUGCCAAACCCUGCUCCCCGACUCAGCUUUACUCAGUCCCAAGCACUGGCAGCUAAUCAAGUCCAUUCCGAGACGACAGACCAUCAACGUCCGCAGUCACCCCCCGCUAAUCCAAUGGUGCCCAGUAAAUCUAUUAUUCCUUCAUCGGCCCCCAUUUCCGCUGCUGCUCCUGCCCCGGUGCUUUCUUCUUAUCUUGGCAGCUUAUCAUCGCAAGUUGUUCGUCCUGCUUCACAGCCUCCCCCACCGCCUAAUCAGUUGCACAGUGUGCCUACCGAAACUGGUACAAAACAACAAAAUGGGCUGGAACUAAGGAAGGAGCGAGUGUACAUUACGCUCUUGCGAGACCACACGGGUUUGGGUUUCAGUAUCUCAGGAGGAAAAGGAGGCAAUCCUUACAAAGAUGGAUCCGACUCAGUGUACGUGUCUCGCAUUAUGGAAGGCGGGCCGGCUGAAAAAGAUGGCAAGCUGAAAAUCGGAGAUCACGUCAUUUCCAUCAAUGGUGUCGAUGUGGAAGGUGCCCGACAGGAUCAAGUUGUUGCCAUGCUGACUGGUUUGGAACGCUUCGUCCGGUUGGUCGUGGAACGCGAGUCAUGGCUUCCACCGAGUCAUUUGAAAUCACCGAAGAUGUUCGGGACUCCUCGACCUUACACCAGCCUUUACAGUCCCAAUAGUUACAUGGCCAACCGUCCCAAUUAUGCUGGACUUUCCAGCUUGCCGACGUCACCCUUGAUUGGUUCCAUGUCGUCACCUUUGACCACAAGUUCACCGAGCGUCAAUCAAUCAGCUCGGCAGCAAUUUCUCGCCGCAUCCCCUGAAAGAAAGAGCGGAAAUGUGGAGCCCUCUCCGCUUCCUACUGCGAAAAACGCCGUGGCCUUGCCUUCCGGAGAAGAAAUGCCGAAACACGUUACCAAUGAGCAAUUCCAGGCUAUGAUACCGGCUCAUUUCGUUCAUCCGGAGCCUCAACCGCCCGGCUCUAGUAUCGUCAUCAAUGUCAAGCAACCGGAUCCUGUCGGUGGAGCUCUGAGCGAAUUUCAAUUCCCUGCCGUGCCCACCCAAUUGGGACAAGUCACGGAAACUAUCACAAAAAGUACGCUGACGGAAACCAUCGUCACCCGCAUCACCAACAAUAAAUUGGGUGCGCUUCCUAUCAUUAUUGAGGAUGUGAUUCUGCAAAAAGGUGCCGGUCCGUUGGGUCUUAGCAUUGUCGGUGGGAACGAUCAUUCGUGUGUUCCAUUUGGUGCCGACGACCCCGGAGUCUUCAUAUCGAAAGUCAUUCCGGAAGGUGUGGCUGCCAAAACGAUGCGACUACGGAUCGGUGAUCGUAUCCUCAAGGUUAAUGGCAGGGAUGUUUCCAAGGCUAGCCACCAGGAUGCUGUUCAAGCCCUGAUGGAACCCACUGCCGAACUCAUCUUGACUGUCCAGCACGAUCCACCACCAAAGGGAUUGCAAGAAUUGACAAUUUAUCGUAAUGAAGGUGAGAAACUCGGAAUGAACAUUAAAGGGGGUUUGCGUGGACAUCCAGGAAAUCCUCUAGAUAAACACGACGAAGGUGUCUUUAUUUCGAAAAUAAAUCAUGGUGGUGCAGCUAGAAGAGACGGCCGCUUGAAGGUCGGCAUGCGUUUACUCGAAGUGAACGGUAUCAGCCUUCUCGGAGCCUCUCAUCAGGAAUCCGUUAAUUCUUUAAGGACCUGUGGUGACGUUAUCCAUUUGCUCAUUUGCGACGGAUACGACGCAGCCGAAGUAGAACGGCUCCAGUCGGAAGGCAUCCUAACUCGCGAGGCUAAAUCGACAUCUGAGAGUGUUUCGAGUCUAGAUAGGGUCGGAGAAGAAACAAAUCACGUGAACCCAAUCCAGGGAGACGAUAACCACGAGGACGGUUCCUGUGAUCGCGAAGAACCUGAAAUUGUGAAGGUUACAGGCUCAUCUUUACCGGUCAGUCCAACGUUAGGUGAUCGAGAUAAAACUUCUGAAAAGGUGUUAGACGCUGUUCGAGCUGCUGAAAUGCUCGUUUCAAACAUGGUGCCCAAAUCGCCUGGCCCAAAUCGAGUUGACAUGAAAACGACGACAAUUGUGAUGUCAAAACAUACGCUAGCUCCGCAAACAAGCACGCCCAUAGCUCCUCGAGCUAAUCUGGGUGAGGCGGGUCUCACUGAAGAAGGUGAGGCUAUGUCGCCGUCACCUUCUCCGCUUCCGGGGCGAUUAACACCGACGGCUAUACGCCAUAGCGGUUUGGACCAUCCAUCGGAUCGUAGCGGCAGCAGCAAUGGAAAUAGCCCCAUUCCUCCCAUAGUUCAGGAUGCGAUGCCUCCUCCUGCCACUCCCGCCGUAGCCAAAACGGCACCAACGGGAGCGGGGUUGACGGGUCCCAGCCCAGAUAAGAUGACUUUCAGUGCCAAGAAGCGCUUCUUUGAAAAAGAGAUUGAAGAAACUGUUACACCAGCAGUUAAACCAGAGAGGAGAUUCAGCUUUUUGAGCGAGGAUGAAGUCAACAAACUGAAGCAAGAAGAGGAAAGAAAAAUAGCUAAUUUGACUAGCGAGCAGCUGCUUAAUCUGAGCCGUUUGGAUGAUGUUGACGAAGAAGAUGAAGAUGAAGCAGAAGCUGACGAACCUCACGUGGAACCCGUCGCUGUAGCCGUCACAGUCACAACCGCUCCAUCAGCCCAGCAUCCAUCCAUCGUUCGCACGGCCAAAGCCGAAAAACGGCUAAAGGAUAAACUUACACGCGAGGGUUUGGAACUCAGCGAGGAGGAAAAAAUGCUAUCUCCGACUGAGCAGAGAGCGUUACAGGCCAGGAAACGAGCGGCAUGGAGAGAGGCACGUCUGAAAUCAUUGGAGCAAGACGCCAUGCAGGCUGAAAUGGUCAUCAAGAGAAUGAGCGAGUAUAAUCAAUCGGCUGACAACAGCUCCGGAUCGUUAUCGUCUUCGUUACGUACCGCAACAAAUCCGUCCGACUGCAGUGAUGACAACGGCAAUAAUAAUCGAGAUAUUCCGGAUUACACCAACAAUAAUGAGCAGAUCGAUCCAGAGAACAAUGUACAGGGGCGUAUCGAAGAAGAGGAUGAAGAAGAGGACGCCGAUGUUGACAAUUCCGAUCAGGCCGGUCUCGGCGGAAUGGGUAAUAUGGCCACGUCAACGACAAAUAACGGACGUCGGAAGAAGAAAAGCAAAAAAUCUAAGAAUCGAUAAACUGUCGGACUGCCACACGGAACAGAUGUAUCACACGUUUUUCUGGUGAAUAUUGACCAUCAUCAUGAUCACACGCCUUUGUUUAUCCAUCCUAAAAACUUGCCUUCACGCCGGCACUUAUAUACCGCUUCCGUCAGUUCUUUUCCGGUCUUGAUCGAAAAACGAAAACGGCUCUAUAUCAUUUGCCCCCUUUUUUAAAUCUUUCAUUUUUCGUCUAGCAUAUUGUACCCGUACUUUUGAGAUCGUCAGCAUUUUUCGUUCUUAUUGGCUUUGUUAUUUUCGUACUAUCCUGUCCUUUUCCCCUACUAUGUUCUUCCUUUUUUAAGUUAAAGAAAAAGAUUCGUUUUCAAACGAAUUAUGGCGGGACCUGUGUAACUUGUCUUGCUAGAGAUGUUUUAUUCACACUAACUCGCAAAAUUUGAAAAGAAAAACUGCGUAUUUGUGCCUCAUUUAUAGCCCUCUCCCUUGAAUUAAAUUUUUACAGUAAAUGAAAAUAAUACAAGCUUCGUAAAAAUA